AUGAAUCUCAUUGAACUUCCACGAGAAAUUUGUAUAGAAAUUAUUACAAAAUAUGGAUUGAAUAUAUCUGAUAUUAUGAAUCUAUUAAUGACAUGCCAUAAUUUAGCAUCAUUAACAGUCCCAUUAUUGUGGAAAGAACAUAAAUUGGUAAUUGAAGAAUUGGAGUUUGAAUCAAGAAUAUGCAUUGAUAUAGGGUUGAUUGAAUUUAUAGCAGAAAAAUGUGUAAAUUUAAAAGAAGUUUCUUUGGGAUUGUCUAAUAAACAAAGAAAAAAAUAUGAAUUGCCACUACAUUUACUUGGUGAUAGAUUGAUUCAUGAUGAUGAUGGAUUAUGUGGAGCAAUGAAAUGUGGAAAAAUCAAUAGUAUUAGAUUAGUUGCAUAUAACUCCAAAGAAUCAUUACUUUCGGUCAGAAUAAUAAGCACUGAUCAAUUGUUAUUAGAAUCCAAUAUCAAAGAUCCAUCAAUAAUAGUAGAAUAUUUUGGAAAGUAUUGUAAAAAUCUUAGAAAUUUUGAUUUUGCCACGGAACGCUUACCGAUUAAUGAAUCGGCAGUUAAUACGUUAUCAACGGGAUGUCCAAAAUUGAAUGCGCUUGAUAUACCAGCACAUGGUAGAUCGAUAUUGAUUUUACCUCGAUUUAAGUCUUUAACAUCUGUUCAUUUAUCGUACGAGUUGAAAGGAGAAGAUCUUGAUUUCUUAAGUAGGAACGAUGAAGAAAAUGAUAAUGAAAUGAUAAGCUUGAAAGAUUUAUCGAUUGAGUGUAUCAAAAGUCGGAGCAAUUUUGAAUUUUUGAAGUUAUUUCCAAACUUAGAAUCCUUGGAGAUAGGAACAUUUGAUGAGUUGGAUGAAUUGGUUUUGAAAAAUAUUGUAAAAUCAAAAAAAGUGAUAAAGUUAAAAUUAUUCAAAACGCCGAAAAUAACAGACAAAUGUUUAUUGUUAAUUGCGUCAAUGAGUCAGCUAGAAAAAUUUUCAAUUGAGAAUCGAUUGAACGAGGUGAGCAAACAAGGAUGGAUAAAUUUGGUUGUUAGGCCACCAGGAGUUUGUAGUUGGAAGGAGUUGUUGAUAUAUGAUAGUAGGGAGAUUGGACCAGAAUUUUUCGAGAUUCUAGAGAGAGAUCAUCACGGUUUAAAAAGUUUAACUAUCAGAAACGAUAAGAAGAAUCUGCUUGAAAAUAAUAAAAGAGUAUUUGAUGGUAAAUUCAAAGAAUCAUGGGAAGCUUGUAAAAAAAAUUCUUCUUUGUUUCGAUGGCCUAAAUCAGAAAGAAAGAAAAAGGAUUUCAAAAUGGGUGAUUUCAAAGAUGUUUAUUGA